UCCCUCCAGCUGAACAGUUCCUCUAGUUUCACUUUGACCACCGCAAUGGCUGCUAGCAAACCCAACGUUCUGUUCCCGGAAUACCUGAACGAAGCGUUGGUUCGCGAAGCGCUGGAAUGCGGUCUCGAGUAUCCCACGCGCAGCAGCGUGCACAUCGAUCAGUUCAUCGUUCGAACGGCCACUUCCGCUGGCGAUAAUUAUUUGAGCGAUGUGUUUCGAGUGUGGGUUCGUUACAAUCGGGAAUCGUCGGCGAAUGGGGAGCGUUCGGAAGAGGAUAUAUCGUUGAUCGUGAAGUGCAUGCCCGAUACCGGGUUUCGGGGACCCGUAAUCGGAAUGCUCAAUGCAUACGAGAAGGAGGUCUACAUGGUGCGAAACGUGGUUCCGGAGCUGUCCCGUUUGAUGAAUGGGGAGAAAUUUGCCGCCAAAAUAUUCUACGCAACCACCGACCCGGUCCGUUUGAUCAUAUUCCAAGAUCUGAAGGCGCUAGAGUUCAUAAUGGCAGAUCGUACGCUGGGAGGAUUGGAUCACGACCAUUGCUGCACAAUAAUGCGCAAGAUCGCAAAGUUCCACGCUGCUUCGAUGAUACUGGUUAGCAGCAGCAAAUCGAAGGCCGCUGAACUUAACGAACACUUAGAAUAUGGCUUCCUGAAUCCGCAUAUUCCCAUAGAGGACAAUACCAUGCUGGAAAUAUUGGGAAAUGGGUUGACUUCGCUCGUAACGUGUGCCGAAAAGCAUUGGACAGGUUUUAGCCCAAAUAUCAUAGCUAAGCUGAAGCAGAUGAUGCCAAACUACAAGUCUCGUAUCCAGGCCUGUCUGAACCAGAAGUUUUCCAACGGUUAUAAAGUGGUGAACCAUGGAGACCUGUGGAUCAACAACAUCAUGUUCCAGUACGAUGCCAGCGGAACCCCGAUCGAUGUAAUGUUCGUUGACUAUCAGCUGAGCUGCUAUACGAGCCCUGGAAUAGAUCUGAACUAUUCGCUCGUAAAUUGUCCCACCUACGAUGUGCGCGAGAGCCGCAGAAAUGACCUGGUAAACGUGUACCAUACUACGUUGAAGGCAACGUUGGAAGCAGCUGACUACCCAGUUGUACCAACGUUGGAUGAUGUCAGAAUGGAAAUCAAAAGGAUGAACUUUUUCGGAUUCAUUGCGGCGGUCUCCAUUCUCCCGAUAGUAAUGAUGGACGCGUCACCGGAUGUGGACAUUAGUUUCGAUGCUUUGGUGGACAAACAGAAAGCGGAUCAGUUGCGUCUUCUACAGUACAAUGGAGAGCGGUAUCGAAAGUCCAUGACCGUACUGCUGGAACGGUUUGAUCGGGAGGGUCUGCUUGAUUAGAUGCCUGUACGACGUACGUACAUUACAUAUGCAAUGUAACGAGUUGCUAUUCGUACUGGAUAAUUAUUAGGUUCCGAGACAGCUCAUUACUCAUAACGAUCACUUAUCAUCUGUAGAUGACAAAGCGCAAAAUCACCAUGAUAAAAAGCUACAAAUUGUUUCGAUGCAUGGGCGCUACUUAAUUUCAUUCACAUAAACUGUAGAUAAUAAAAAAGAAGCACAGUAUUCCCGGUAACUGAAUGAUUUGUUAUAACA